ACCCUUUUGAUCUCGAGGCGCAGGCCAAGAUCGAAGAAGACAUAAGGCAACAAAACAUUGAAGAAAAUAUGACAAUAGCAAUGGAAGAGGCCCCCGAGAGCUUUGGCCAGGUGGUGAUGCUGUAUAUUAACUGCAAAGUCAACGGCCAUCCAGUGAAAGCCUUCGUUGACUCAGGUGCCCAGAUGACCAUCAUGAGCCAAGCUUGUGCUGAAAGGUGCAACAUAAUGAGGCUGGUAGAUCGGCGGUGGGCUGGCAUUGCUAAAGGUGUAGGGACGCAGAAAAUAAUUGGCAGAGUGCACUUAGCUCAGGUCCAGAUUGAAGGGGAUUUCCUGGCGUGCUCCUUCUCAAUCCUUGAAGAGCAGCCCAUGGACAUGCUUCUAGGACUGGAUAUGCUUAAGAGGCAUCAGUGUUCAAUUGAUCUCAAGAAGAAUGUACUAGUGAUCGGCACGACUGGCUCGCAGACCACCUUCCUCCCGGAGGAACGUCAGAAGCCUUGAUGCAUGUAGUGUGUGUUUACUGCAGCUGGAGUGGGCCACAGACCAGAGAAUAGUGACAAAGAAACUACCUCACUGGAAAUGCCCUCAUUACCAGCUUCUGAUGGGUUUCAAAAUCCAGUCCAGUCUUCAGGACUAAAUUCCAAGAUCUGUAAUCCCACAAAUCAAUUACUUGAUCGUUCUGUCUCUGCCCCUGCUUCAAUUUGCUCAUCCAAAUCUAGUCUCGCAGAGCCCAUUGAUCCUAGAGCCGUCAAGUCUUUUGAGUCUUCAACUGAAUGCCAGAUAUCCCCAGAAAAAGAGCAUCCUCUCUUAUUACAGCAUCCUUCCAAUAACGCUUCCUUGGCAAAUAACGACCCUUCUCCCCAGACGGGGGAGGAAACCUGUUGCAAUCCAGCUUGCCUUUCACAGAAGACACUCAAAGAAACAUUUAUUGCUGACAGUCUAAAGGAAUGUAACGCUAAAGAACAAGACUGUGGUCAGGAACAUCCUUUGGAAGUGAGAAAAGAAAAUAGUUUGGCUGACACUGCUGCUAAGCACGGGCAAAAUAAAGGUGAAUGUCUGUCUUCAGAACGGGCGGAACAGGAGCAAGAGCGUGAGCUUCCUGUAGACCAUCAGAUGUGCAGAGAACCAGAGAAGGAUCAUCUGGAGAAGCAAACAGAGACAACUGACCCAGAACCUCCUUGCCGUGGUGGGGUGGAGAAACCCGUUGUGGAAGAAGCCAGCCAACCAGAAAAUCCUCCUACAGAAACAAGCAGAGAUGGACUGGAGAACACGGGUCUUUGCUCUGUAAAAGGGAGUAUCCGAAUGUCAGCCUCCUGUAGCUACACGCAUACGGAAGCCUUCAUGGAAAUAGAUGUCGCUGAGCAGUCUGUAGAUGAAGCGCACAGCUCAGCAAGUGAGCUACAGCAACAGGCUGAGGACAGAAGUGUGUCUGACCUGAACUCAGACGCCUUUUCCAUGGAGGUGGAGUCGCUGAAGUCUGCAUCCUCCUUGAGUGAUCCGCUGUCCACCGGUGAUGUCCUGCAGUCUAAAAGCACUAGUGAAAUUCCUACAAAGUAUAAUCAAUUGUCUGAUUUGGCAGCUGAAGACAGCUUUUCUCCCUCCAGCUUCCAUCAGCUGGAUAUGGAUCCAGGAAGGCCUGCAGAAGACCCAUGCUUCUCUCUAGCAUCAGCCUUGAAAGAGCUGCACAAACUCUUGAUUAUCAGUCGGAAAGGAGAAGGAGCACCUGGGGAAAGCAGCAGUUCUGCUCCUGAGGGUCCGCAGCCUUUGGGUGGGCCUGAGGAACCACUACUGAGCCCACCAGCUGGCUGUGCUGGACUGACCUCGGGUGUUUCUCCACCGCCUGCUUUCCCCGUGGCUGAUGUUGAUCGGAUCCUCGGCGCAGGUUUUACCGCGCAGGAAGCUCUUGAGGCUUUGGAACAAGCAGAUGGAAAUGCAGAUCUGGCUCUUCUCAUUUUGCUAGCCAAGAGUAUUGUUGUUCCUACGUAA